GUUUAGCUGAGGUCCUUAAGGGAAGUUCAUAUAUGAGCAAGCCAUGAUCAUCCACCUUCUUGUAGAUCUAAAUAUAUCAGAAACCUCCAGAAGAAUUGGGCCACAAAUGUUGUCUUUCCCUCCUAGUGUUUGGCCCUACGUGGAUUCAACAAGCCAAGAACAAGAGAACUACAUGCGCAGAGAAGCCCACCCUUGCUCUCCACCACCUCCUCUCCAUUUGCCGUUCUCAUCACCAUCUCCGGAUGCGGAGCUAGUACUCGAGCAUCUCGAUAUCCCGUUCGCGGCGAUGAACGGCGAAGCCGGGGUGGUCAAGAAGCUGAACCACAACGCCAGGGAGCGCGACCGGCGGAAGAAAAUCAACGGUUUGUACUCCACACUCCGUUCGCUGCUCCCGUCUGCUGAUCAAACGAAGUUGAGUAUUCCGGCGACAGUGUCCCGAGUGCUGAAAUACGUACCGGAACUGCAACAGCAAGUGCAGAUACUCGCUCAAGAGAAGGAAGAACUUCUGUCGAGAAUUAAUGCCGCCCAAGGAAGCGAGGAUUGCACUCACCAAGAAACCGGCAAAGGAAAAGGCGCAAUUCCCAAUUCGGCUCCAUCUAUUUCGACAAAUCAUUUGAGCGAGAGCGAGGUCGCAAUCCAAAUAUGCACAACAAAGGUCGCGACUCAGAAUACUACUGUCGACUUCUCCGAGAUCUUGCUUAACUUGGAUUAUCAUGGUUUUCCUCUCAUAAACGCUUCGACGUUCAAGUCAUUCGGAGGGACGAGAACAACCUUCUGCAAUCUACACGUUCAGGUUGAGAGAAGUUGGGGGAUGGAGUGUGAGGCUUUGAAGGAGAUACUGUUGGCGUUAUAUGAUCAGAAGGGAAGGGAAGUAAAAUUCCUGAGACAACACGAGAAUCUUGUAAUAAUGUAAUAACAGUCCCGCCAUUACUAUUUAAAUUCGUCGAUGAAGCCUUCGACCAGGUAGGUGUUCUGAUUAUGCAUUGGCAAAUAUUAUAUGAGUAGUUUUACCCAAAAAAAUAAAUAAUUACAUAAGUUAGGUAAACAUUUAUUUGAUCUAUUUAAUAACACUAAGUCCUUCACAACUAGAUGUCCUUUACACAUCGAAAUUGGUUUAUAUAGUCCACUAAUGGUUAUACAUGAUACGACCGUGGAG